UUUUUUUUUUCAUCACACCCAUUACAAAUUUCCGUGACCAAACCUACUCCUUAUUUCUCGUUUAAUAUUCAUAAUCCCCUUGCAGAUCUCUAAUCCAUUUGCUAAUUCUUCGAUUUGUUCGUUGUUAUCCCCAUUCUUUUGUUGUUUGAAAGAAGAAGAAGAAAAAGGAAAUAUGAAGGGCAAUACUGGAAAUCCACUUGCCUUGACAUCCCUGAAUCAUAUCUCCCUUGUUUGCAGAUCAGUUGAAAAUUCCAUUGAAUUUUACAAGAAUGUUCUUGGUUUUGUGCCUGUAAGGAGGCCUGGAUCAUUCAAUUUUAAUGGCGCGUGGCUGUUUAGUUACGGAAUAGGGAUUCAUCUACUUCAAUCCGAAGAUCCUGAAGAAAUGCCAAAGAAAACUGAAAUCAAUCCCAAAGAUAACCACAUCUCUUUCCAGUGUGAGAGCAUAGAUGCAGUGGAGAAGAAGCUAACAGAAAUGGGGAUAAAAUACGUGAGGCAUCUGGUGGAAGAAGGAGGGAUAUAUGUUGAUCAAUUAUUUUUCCAUGACCCAGAUGACUUUAUGGUUGAGAUUUGCAACUGCGACAACUUGCCAGUGAUUCCCCUGGCAGGCGAAAUGGCUCGGUCAUGCUCAAGGGCUAAUCUGCAAUUGCUUCAGCCACAGCAAUCGCAGCAACAAUCCGUAGUACAAGUCCCAGUGAUCAAGCCUUAGAAAGAUUAUAAUAUGUAUGUUACAUUUUGGAUCUUGUUCAUGUUCAGGAGAAUCAAGAAUGACUGAUUGAUUUGCCUGAAAGUACUAUUUGUUAUUUAGUGAGUAUUCUAUGUAUUUGGGUCUCUUCUUUUCUUAGGUUGUUGGUAAUAUGACAAACUUGUGUAUGAGCUGGUUUGAUUCCUUAAUCGGUUCUGUUUUCUUCUGA